AUGACUACCCCCAAAUUCAAACGGCUCAAAACCCUAAACACCGCAGACGACGAUCGGCGUCACCCGAUCACCACCGUCACCUCCGCCACCUCCGCCUCUGCAAUUCUUUACUUACCCGACAACGUCAUUGAACGAAUCAUCUCUUUCCUUCCGAUGAAGCACGCCGUUCAGGCAACCGCAGCUUCGAAACACUGGGCGUCACUCUGGCCGUCGUUCCCCGUGAUCGAUUUCGACGAGGGCGACUCCUCCGUUUCCGACGACCCUGCCAAGUUCCAAAGAUUCCUCCGUUUCUUGGAGAAUUGCAUUCACCGCUGCCGGAAUCAGAGGAGCUUAGACAAGCUCAGGCUUCGAGUCCUACACGGUCUCGCCGGAGACGAUAGCGUCACCGUCACGGUCGACAAGUGCGUGACGUUUGCACUUGAGAGAUGUGUGAAGGACUUGGAGCUUUGUUUCGUCGAAAAAGCCGAAAAUGAGGUCAGCUUCUACCUGAUCCCCCAAGCAGUUUUCUCCUCACAUUUCUUGACUAGUUUGAAUCUGGAGAAAGUGAGAAUCAGUUUAAGUUCAAGAGAUAUAGUUAAUGAUGCUUUAACCCUACUGUCACUGAGAACCAUGUCCCUUAAAGAGGCUCGAGCAUUUGGUGUUAAAUCUGUGUGA